CAGACACGUACUAAACCAGGAUAAACCGGGUUAAAUACCGGUUUGGCUGUGCAUCUUAUCCUCGGAACCCCCGCGCACGAUAGCAUAGACCCUUGCUUUUAUCGGUCUUUCGGAACGCCCUACGCGGUGCUUUAUCUCACGUUUCUUUGGCAGAGAUUUCCCCAAAUUUCUCAUCUGCUGACCUUAUAUCCCAUCUCCUGUACGCUGGCGUACUUUCAGAUCCACAAGACCAUCCGAUCGAUCUCGGCUUUUUUACUCCAGUUUUGUCGAUUUUAAGUUUUGGAUUAACAUUUUGCGAGAAUCAUUACCCAUAAUUCUCAGACUAAAGUGCAAUGGGAGAUUAUGAAAGAGAUGAAUAUGAAGACUGGGAUGAGUACGAGGAGGAUGGCGAUGAGCAAGAACAGGAAGUUGGUGAAGAUGAGUACGAAGAAGAAACUCACCAGCCCACUCAGGAGGAGCUUGACUAUCUUGAACUGAGACAAAGGUUAAAAGAGUCGAUUAGAAAGCAGAUGAAGAAGGAAUUGGGAACUACAGAUGCUGGCUCCCGAGACAGAAUAAAUGGGUUUCGCAAAGACAAUUAUGGAACCUUCUUUGGUCCUCGACAACCUGCUAUUUCUCAGAGAGUGAUUCAAGAAAGCAAGUCCUUGUUGGAGAAUCCAGAUUUGGCUGCAAGGAUUAUGAAACCUAAUCGUGCUUGUAUUGUAGAAUUGCGUUGGAAUAUUGAUACACCUAUCUCUGGUGCUCUUGUAAAUGCAAAUGUCCUUUUGGUGCACAUUGUUAAAGCUGCUUCUCAUUUUACGGAUUUUGUUCUUGCUAGCAGUGCUUUACUGUUCACAUUAACCAGAACAACAAGAGCUCUGUUGCAGAACCUGUCAAGUCAAAAUCUCGAGAAACCCAUCUGCCGAGAGUCACAAAUGGGGGCUUUUGGUGGGCUUGAAGAUGCAGGUUCAGCCCAACAGCAGCCUAGCAAGAGCAAUAAUGGUGUGAGGAGGCCAGUGCCUUCAGUUUGCCAAAACAAACCUAAAGUAGGGCAGGAGAGGGCAAAACCCCCGACCAAGCCAGCGAUGGAUCCUAGGAAACAACUAGGGAGCAAUAAUGGGAGUGGGCCUGGGCGGCCCGUUGGGCCCAAAAGCCUUCCUUCAAGAAGGCCCACACCUAUUACUACUGGCAAGACCACCUCAUCUACUUCAAAACAUACUACGGUUGCUGGUGCGCAUAAGCCAGCACGUUCUGCUGUGCAACCUCAUAUUCGUAAACCGAUGCCUUCAAAUAUGCAGUCUGGAAUCCAUAAAUCGGUGCCUUCACGUGCUCAACCUUCUUCAGCUACGAGAAAACCAUCUGUUCAACAAGAGGAGUAUCGAGGAUCUGGCAAGCCGAUGGCGAUGACAAAGCAGGCGGCAUCUUCCUCUAGAGAUCAGUUGAGACGAUCUCCUCCCAAGGCGCCUGUUCGUCAUAGUUUAGCAGAUGAAAGACCAAAUGUUAAACCUAAGAGGCCACUCAAUGAUGAAGCUGGUGGAUAUGUAAAUAUUAUCAGAUCAAUGUUUGGGUAUGAUCCAAGUCGGUUCCGUGACGAUGAUGAUGAUAGUAACAUGCAGUCCAAUUUUGAAGAUGUUAUGAGGGAGGAGAGACGCAGCUGGUAUGUGCAAAAAUCGCUCGACGAGAGGACGAAGAAGAACUCCGGCUUGAGGAAGAGGAAAGAAGGAGAAGAUUGGCUAAGAAGCGCAAGCUGGGCCAUUAAGUGGUUGGAAAUUGGAAAAAAAGCUCGAAUGAAAGAUAGGUUCCUUCUGUUGAUCUGUAUCCUGCAGAAGGCCAUUGCAGAUAAUGGAGAGGAAAUAAGACUCAACAAGCUCCUUAAUCGAGUGUUCUUGCUGAAGAUGUUAUCCCUCGGUUUUAGCUUGCCAGGGCGUUUUUUCCCAUUUUGCUCUGUUGGCGUCUGUGUAGUGGCAGAAAAAGUAGAUGUGAAUGAUGAUUGGAAUGGGAUUCAUAUGGGAACCCAGAACUGCAGCCUUAAAAGACUUCCCAGCACCACAGUUGACCACCGCCAUGCACCGCCGAAGACCGCUAUGCACCACCGCGAGUCCACCAGUCACAACCUGCUACGACCGCUGAGUUCCCAGCCGCCCGACACUGAGAUCUGCGAGCCCCCUGCGUGCAUCCCUGGCGACCUGCAACGUCCUAGUGCCCAGAGAGGACCCACUGCUGCCUCCCGUGACAUCGAGCAGACCCACGAACUUCUCGUGCCCGCCUCCCAACAGCUUCCCGACCUUUUGGGACCACAAGUCGAGGGACCAGCCUGCUCGGCCACAAACGCCUGA